AGCUCAGAUAAGACCAGGAAAUCGCGGUCCCCGAUCCUCAAGCCCGGCUGCUAGACCAACACGUUGCCAGCCUGUCUCCUCGCCUGCAGACAAUUCCCAAAACAUGAGGAUAUUUGCUGUCGUUAUAUUCACAGCCUGGUGUCACUUGCUACAGGCAUUUACUAUCACGGCUCCAAAGGACCUGUACGUGGUGGAGUAUGGCAGCAACGUCACGAUGGAGUGCAGAUUCCCUGUAGAACAGGAGCUGGACCUGCAUGCAUUAGUGGUGUACUGGGAAAAGGAAGACAAGCAAGUGAUUCAGCUUGUGGCGGGAGAGGAGGACAUAAAGCCUCAGCACAGUAGCUUCAGGGGGAGAGCCUCCUUGCCAAAGGACCAGCUUCUGAAGGGAAAUGCUGCACUUCAGAUCACGGAUGUCAAGCUGCAGGACGCAGGCGUCUACUGCUGCAUGAUCAGCUACGGCGGUGCGGACUACAAGCGAAUCACAUUGAAAGUCAAUGCCCCGUACCGCAAAAUCAACCAGAGAAUUUCCGUGGAUCCGGCCACUUCUGAGCAUGAACUAAUCUGUCAGGCUGAGGGUUACCCAGAAGCCGAAGUAAUCUGGACAAACAGUGACCACCAACCGGUGAGUGGGAAGAGAACUGUCACCACUUCCCGGACAGAGGAGAUGCUUCUCAAUGUAACCAGCAGUCUGAGGGUCAACGCCACAGCGAAUGAUGUUUUCUACUGUACGUUUUGGAGAUCACAGUCAGGGGAAAACCACACAGCUGAGCUGAUCAUCCCAGAACUGCCUGCAACACGUCUCCCACAAAACAGGACUCACUGGGUGCUUCUGGGAUCCAUCCUGUUGUUCCUCAUUGUAGGGUCCACGGUCCUCUUCUUCUUGAGAAAACAAGUGAGAAUGCUAGAUGUGGAAAAAUGCGGCAUCGAAGAUACAAGCUCAAAAAACCGAACCGAUACGCAAUUCGAGGAGACGUAAGCAGUGUUGAACCCUCUGAUCGUCGAUUGGCAGCUUGUGAUCUGUGAAAGAAAGGGCCCAUGGGACAUGAGUCCAAGGACUCAAAAUGGAACCUGAGAAGAGAACCAAGAGAGAAAGUGUUGGGAGAGGAGCCUCGAACAAGGACAUUUCUUCAGGAGACACUGCUAAGCAAGUUGCCCAUCAGUCACCUUGGGAAAUGAGGGUUCCUGACUUAACAGAUGAUCCUUGCACAGUGACCUUUUCAUCUACCCAGUGCCGGGAUGAGAGAUGGAGUCAUUGAGUGUUGAAGAAUGAGUGCCUUCUAUUUAUUUUGAGUCUGUGUGUUCUCGAUGUGGAUGUGUGAUUAUGACUGGUGAAUUCUCAAGACAUGAUAGAUGUUAAGAUGUAGUCACCGAACUCAACUGCUGCUUAGCAACCUCUGUAACUACUGGUACAAGCAAGGAAUAUAGAGGUCACCUGGUUGAUUUCACAGGCUCUUGCUGUCUGACUUAUCUUUAUUUUCAGUCCUUCAGGCUCUUCAGUAGCAGUUGUUGGGUUGGAGAGCACUCAACAUCUAAUCUCAUCACUGUAGCAACCCUCAUCACCAUAGCAACAGCUAACCUCUGUUAUACUCACUCCAUAGCCAAGAAGCUGAGAGACUUAAGUCACUUGCCCAUAGAGUAACAGCUGUCAGAGUUCUGUUCUUCAGCCACUGUCCUUUCAGGAUAGAAUUUGUACUUAAGAAAUUAAUUUAAAAACUGCGUAUUGAGUAGCAUUGUAUAUCACACCAUGCCUUGUGCACUGUG